UUGAGCUUGUGAAGUUCCUGGAUCACGACAACUGGUCUCACAACUUUUCUGCCCCAAAUAUCCGGAAGUGCUUAAAACCCCGUCUUCUUUUGUUUGCUUUAUUAACGAUUACAUACAAGCUAGCGUAGGAUAAUGUUCCUGCAAGAGCCACAGCCUUACCAUUACGCUGCGAUCCGGAGAACGCUUUCUACAGUACUCGCCCUCGCAUUGUUAUGUGUAGAGUUCUUGCCUGCAGUCUGCUCUCCUCGGCCACAUAUCAUCUUCAUUUUGGCGGACGACAUGGGCUGGAAUGACGUCAGCUUCCAUGGAUCAAACCAAAUUCCAACGCCCAACCUCGACGUUCUUGCUUCAGAGGGCAUUAUUCUUGACAACUAUUACACCAUGCAACUGUGCACACCUUCAAGGUCUGCGCUGCUUUCUGGAUUGUACCCAAUCAGGACUGGAAUGCAAUCGGGCAUCAUCGGAAACUCGGAGCCGUGGGGACUUCCACUCAAUUUGAAGCUUAUCCCUGAACAUUUCAAAGACUUGGGCUACACAGUGCAUAUGAUCGGUAAAUGGCACGUUGGUUUCUUUAAAACCGACUAUACGCCUUUGAGACGUGGAUUUGACAGUUUCUACGGUUAUUACACCGGUAAAGCGGACUACUACGACCAUACGUCUGGCCUCGACCACGUCGGUCUCGACCUGAGGGACAACGAGGCACCGGACUGGGGAGAAAACGGGACUUACAUUACUCACUUGUUCACUGAGAAGUUUAUUUCACUAAUUGAGAAACACGACAAAUCUAAGCCAUUCUUUGGAUACUUAUGCCACAUGGCCCCACACGUAGGCCGAAAUCAGGAUCCUUUUCAAGCGCCGGAAGAGAAUGUGAGACAAUUUUCUUACAUAGGUGACAAAGACAGGAGCCGCUACGCAGGCAUGGUACAGGCAUUGGACGAGUCGGUGGGGGUCGUGGUGGACGCCCUCUAUAGGGCCGGCAUGCUGAAUGACACCAUCAUUGUGUUCAGCUCGGACAACGGUGCAGCUCUCUCUGGCGAAGACUUAAACGGCGGCAGCAGCUGGCCACUCCGUGGAUACAAAACCACUCUCUGGGAAGGCGGGAUACGCGCCCCGGCAUUUAUCUGGAGCACGCGACUCAGGAAGCGGCGUCGGGCUUCUCGUCAAAUGAUGCACAUCGUCGACUGGUUGCCCACGCUCUACUCUGCUGCCGGUGGAAGCGUCUCGCGCCUGGGCCCAACGGAUGGCGUCGACAUGUGGCAUGCGCUGUCGGAAGCCACCGCCUGGCCACGCCAGGAGAUACUGCACAACAUCGACCCGCAGACUGCUGCCAUGGCGCUGAGAGUGGGCAGCUACAAGCUAUUGGUUCAGACUCCCAGAAACAACAGCAAGGACAACCGCAACCCGGCAAAAGGCGCGGAUCGACCACUGGACGACUUGGUGCGGCUACGCGCUGGUUCAAGGGCUGCAAAGGUGUUAAGGCCACUUUACGGUCCCCUCCGCCACGAAACUGACAGGAACUGGACGCGGGAGGCGACAGUGUACUGCGGGCCUGCUGCCGGCGUGACACCACCGGGGAAAUCUCCCUACCUGUUCGACAUUGAGCGGGACCCCUGCGAGACUCGCAACCUGGCCGCAUCACACAAAAGGGUGCUGCGCUCUCUCUACAAGAAGCUGAGCGCCUACAUGCAGCAAAUGGUACCUCCACGGACACAACCGGUGGACCCACGUUCGUAUCCGGAGAACUUCGGCGGUGUCUGGUCUCCCUGGCUUGAUUAGAAACUCGGUCAACUAUGCGCAACGUUUCGAGAUUUCCCACGCGACGACAUACCCGGGAGAUGCGUAGCGUGACACGUGCUUUUUUUUUUACAAUAACCUGCUAUACUCAUGAAAUACCGCCGCCCGCACCAGGAACGAAGACUAGUCAAGGCGAGAACACUGGCGAUAUGUUCAAACACCAGACGUAGCUCCAACACCAGCUCAACCAGACGUACGCGUUCCAAUGCGUCCGCACGCGCCGCACCACGCCUGGGCGCGUACGGCGUCAGGCGCGGAGGCUGUUUCGCGUGUCGGCGCGCGGCGGCGUGGAGACCUACAACCGCUAGGAUUUUUGCGCCCGCGCCGGAAGCUGCCGCUCGCGUCAGUAGCAUGACGCACCUCACAUGACCACGGCAAGCCAACGUCACUUCCGGAACGACUCUUUGGGCAACGUUCAGGCAAGCCCGGGUGGGGUGGCUAGAAUGGGAGGUGUCAGCAUCGGCUGGGCUGCGCCGCGUAUGGCGGUGCGGCAUUUUUUCAUGACAGCGACAGGUGGCGCACUCGUCGUCUCCGAGAUGCCUAGCGUGAUGUGUUUGAGCAAACUCUCGGGCUCCAAGCGCGCGUCGUGAAGUCUGUGGUUGAGUUAGCUUCGCCUUCCCCGCUUUUGUUUGCUCGUCAUAAGGAGUUCUGAGUAGCCUUCUUGACCCACACCACCGGAAACAUUUGGUCGGUAUGCAAAGUAAACUGGAUGAUCUCCUGGAUGUGGGCCACCUAAAUGAAGUUCACGAAAUGGUAAAGGAUUGUGAUGCGAUGCCAGAUCAUCGCGAAAUGGUGAGAUUAAAUAGCGACUCUCGCAUACCCUACUACGUUAGCGGGUAUGUUAGCAGGAAAAUGCUAAUGAGAACAAAGUGCGAAGAGUGUUCUCCAGCUGUUGCUUCAAGCGAAAGACUCGCGCCUGCUUCCGGAAGAGUCGUGCCUUACCAACCACAUGGAUAGAGGUGGCUUUACCCAUCUCAAGCACUAAAAGACUUGGUUGCUGCGAUGGAAGAUGCCUUCACGCAUUGUUUCAGCUUGAACAAGUUGAAAGCUGACAGCAUCAUGGGCCUUAUUUUCUGCCAGUCAAUAAAUAAGCUGGAUGUGGUUGGCUCUGCGCAGCAUAGCGUAGAAAUCACCAACCAAGUUAUACGGCUUUUUGUCAUCACGAGGUUGCACGUCCUUGUCGCAGGAGAGAACGCAUCGAAGCAAGGGAAGCGAGAAAAAAUGAAGUACCUCAAGUUAAGGCGCACAACAUAACUGCAUAAUUGCAAAGUUUAUAUCAGCAAGACCAACAUAAAGCGUUUAUAAUGUAAAACAUGAAUUGUUCCCAUCACAUUGUAUGCACAGAAAUAUCUGCAUAUCUGAACAGAAUUUCCCACCCGACAAAUUAUUGUUUGCACUGCACCUCGUUCACCGUUUCUGGGUAUAUAACUCCAUUAUAUAUUGGAUUUGCGCUCCAUUUCGUGUCAUAUUGUUUGUUUGAGAGCUAACAACCAUGUAUAUAGAGUCGUAUGUAUUAUCUUAUUAACAGUAAAUAUUCUUUUGUUUUUGUAAGGCAUUUUUGGCGUUAUCUGAGGGGUACUGAAUAGGCGAACUUAGUUUUUGCAGGUUUCUAAUAUUGGAAACCAAAUUUCAUUUAGCGCUCUCACCAUGCUGAGUUUUGACCAUUGGUGCCUACAGUUCUACCUUUCACUGCAAAAAUUUAAAAAAACUUGAAAAAAUCAUGUUUCACUCGAGCGGCCCGUUUCAACUGAUGAGGCGCGCACCAACUAGUAGACGAUUAGGACAAGCGCCUGUAGCUCAAGACACUAAUAAAGUCAUGUCAAACAAAACUUCAUAGGGCACCCCAUAAUAGUCCCUUGAAUUGUAAAAGCGGCACUGGCAAACUGCAAACAACCGCCUACUGCGGAAGCUUUCUCUGUUUGAUGCAAUUAUGAGUUUCACAAGUGUUGCAAUGAGCGCGAAGCUACAGCGCGGCGAUAAAAUGACGAACAUUUAGUACAUAGUACGUUAGGCCAGCUGCAGUGAUAAAGCCGCCUAGCCUUUAAGAUGACUUUCCGAUGCGCGUUUUGCGCCCCAACAAGCCGCGGAGCGAGAAAGCACUUCACAGCGGAACCAAAUAACCGCAGCGUACGGGAGGCAUCUCGGAGCCGACAGCAGCGCCGCCGCAUCGUCCUGAAAAAUGCUGCCUCUCCGGCACUCCGAUGCCGACACCUCCAUAGAGUUUCCUACAAGAAUAAAUUUUUUGUAGGAAACUCUAUGGACACCUCCCCCUCUAGCCACCAUAGCCCGGGCCAUAGAGUUUCCUACAAAUAUUGUAGGAAACUCUAUGGCCCGGGCAAGCUGCUUCAGUACCUGGUGAUGCUAUGCCGAUGCUGCUGCAGGUUUCGCCGGGCUCACAAUACUCAUAUUAGGUCACAGUUGAGCUGAAUGACCCACAAUGAAUCGUAAAAUACGUUUCUGAAAUAUAAAAACAAAUUUUAAGCUAAAAUUAUAGUGUUUUCUUGCAAUAUGUAACACAUUGCUUGACGUGGCCGUUAAGCGAAGGCUAGGCUGCCUUGAACAUCGCAAGCUAGCAACACUGCGCCGCCGCAACGAGACGCGCGGCUACGCGCGGCAACUCGUGCAUCGUUUGGGUGCGCGCCCUCUUCCUCCGUCGGGCGCGACGCGACGUCGAGUCAGCGCGGCGUGUGCGGACGCAUUGGAACGCGUACGUCUGGUUGAGCCUUAAUGUUGCACGUGUGCUGACGUGUUCCUUCAGCCAUCUGUGACACUGUCUCUUCCACGUGGUUCGCGCUGCAUUUCAGAGGUAUGCAACACCGACUCACCUUCCAUUCUGUGUGCCUGAGUAUUUCAGUUCAUGACAAACGUUUAUAUUUCUUCGCAAUAAAGCUGUCCCCUCUGCAUAUUUAUUUA